AAGGAGUCGGGGUCGGGGUCAGGCAGAGAACCGAGUCGAUCGAGGGACAGUGGCAAGGAAGCGAAGGCGGACAAGAAGAAGGACGAUAAGGAAGGUCGGAUCUCGGUGCUGAUGGGCCGGAAGCGUGGCAAGACACUGUCGUCCACCGACCCGCGCAAGCCCAAGGAACCGAUCGCGAUGCCGCCCAUGCAGGUCGCCGCUCUUGAGCCUGCUACGGCUCAGCGCGUUGCACGGCUCAAGGCCGGGGUGUCCUCGUCAUCAACGUCGACAAUCCAGUCCACGUCGACGUCGAGCACUUCCUCGUCGCGAUCGGGCACGGGCGGCUCGCGUCUUACUUCUCAAACGGUUAGUUCGAUGCAGAAGCAGUCGGACGGCUCGCUGAGAAGUCGGACCCAGCUCCCAACGAUCGCCGGCUCGCCGUCCGUUGGCACCGCAAGCUCGCAGACCGUACGGGACGGCAAGGAGGGCCCGCCGAUCUCCUCGUUCAACAACUCGAUCUCGGGCCUGUCGAAGGAGACGCCGACCAAGAUCCCGCGCAUCUCGAGCAGGACGUCGGGCAUCGGCGGCUCCCCCACGCUCAAGGGCACGGCUCGGAGGACCAGCGUCAACGUGUCGUCCAGCUUCAGCACGUCGGCGAACCCUUCACCGAUUGGUAGCGGCAUGAACGAAUUCGGCGUCAUCGAGGGCGACAGCGCGUCCAACAAGUCCACGAUCACAGGGACGGCCAGGAAGGCGUCUCCGCCGACCACUUCAUCGUCGUCGCGUGUGCCUCGCCAGUCCGUCAGCGGGUCGGCGUCUUCCAGCAUCCUGCCGAGGAAGUCGAACCGGGAGUCCAUGUCGUUCAGCGGUCUGCGGAAGUCGUCGACUUCGUCCGUGGCCUCGGCGUCCACAUCUCAAGCGCCGACCGAGUCGUCAUCGUCCUCUCACCAUCGUUUCUCUGCUCUCUCGCCGUCGAAGGGUCUCAAGCUUCUCAGCCCCAAGAUCUCGUUGCCACGUUCGUCGAGCUCGUCGGCGCCGAACAUUCAUCAAAGUCUCGGUACCCCUUCAUCGAGUCGGCAAUCGCUGUCGACACCCUCGCCGUCGCCGACAUCCGUGGACGAAGAGGAGUUACUGGGUGACGAGGAGAUGAUGUUGUACAUAAAGCGCCAGCAGGCCAAGAAGUCAGCGGCUGGCGCAACUGCGGCCGAGUUGGAGAGUAUGCUGGCGUUCCCGGAACCUGUGCCGCCAGGCAUACCUUCUCCCCCCUCAGCGAUCCUCAAGGGCAGCCAAAGUCAACACCUCUCCGAGUACGAGAAGAAGGAAAUCUUGGACUACCCUUCUGUCUACUAUGUCGGCACUCGCGGCAAGAAGAAGAUGGCGACCCCGGAGAACUCCACGAACAACUACAGUUACGACGACGACCGCGGUGACUACCAAGUCAUCAAUCACGACCAUCUCGCCUACCGCUACGAGAUCAUAGACACGCUGGGCAAGGGAUCAUUUGGGCAGGUAUUGCAUUGUCGGGACCACUGCACUGGGGAAUCCGUGGCCAUCAAGAUCAUCCGGAACAAGAAGCGCUUCCACCACCAGGCUCUCGUGGAAAUCAAGAUCUUGGACAACCUGCGGAAAUGGGACUCGGACGAAAAGCACCACGUUAUCAAGAUGACUGAACACUUCUAUUUCCGCAACCACCUUUGUAUCGCCAUGGAGCUGCUGAGCAUCAAUCUCUACGAGUUGAUUAAGGCGAACGGCUUCGUGGGCUUCACGACUACCCUCAUUCGCCGCUUCACGAGCCAGAUGCUGCUGUCGCUGUCCCUCAUGCGGCACCAUCGCAUCGUGCAUUGCGACCUCAAGCCAGAGAACGUUCUGCUCAAGCACCCGGCGAAGAGCGCCAUCAAGGUCAUCGACUUUGGAAGUAGCUGCUUCGAACAUGAGAAGAUCUACACGUACAUCCAGAGUCGAUUUUAUCGCUCGCCCGAGGUCAUCCUCGGAAUGAACUACCAUAUGGCGAUCGACAUGUGGAGUCUCGGGUGCAUCCUCGCCGAGCUUUACACCGGCUUCCCAAUAUUCCCCGGCGAGAAUGAGCAAGAACAACUAUCGUGCAUCAUGGAGGUCCUCGGCGUCCCUGACAAGGACUUCAUCAACCGGAGUUCGCGAAAGAAGCUCUUCUUUGAUCCCAGCGGUGCUCCGCGGCCCGUUGUCAACUCCAAGGGGCGCCGGAGACGUCCUGGCACGAAGAGCCUCCAGCAAGUACUCCGUUGCAACGACGAGGACUUCGUAGACUUCAUCGCCAAGUGCUUGGUAUGGGACCCCGAGCGGAGGAUCAAGCCUCAGGCAGCUUUGAGGCAUCCGUUCGUCACCGGUGGACGGCGUCCAAAGACGCCCCCUACGAGCAAGGCCAACGCGUCGUCGUCAAGCCUGAGCACCCGCAGCAAGAUCGCGUCCACGCCCAAGAAGUCGCAGAUCAGCGCGCCCACGCCCUUGACCGCACGGUCCUCGCGGACGAACGGGGGUGUCCCUACGACCCCGAGCAGCUCUUCGAACCAUGCGUCCACUUUGGGGUCCUCUCGGUCGUACCGUACGCAGGCUCAGGUCUCGUCGUCUUAUGGCUCCAGUCGCACGCUGAGCGGCUAUGUUUCCAGCAAGUAGCAUGACUAGUUUAUCCAUCUUCGUUGAAUUUCGGGCUGGCAAAUAGAUUCACCUGGUACUAAAAGACGGGUCGUAUACCCGUGGCCCGCUGUAUAUUCAUGUUCUCCUCUUACCUUCCUUCGUACGUCCCCUGCUUUUCACGCUGUUGUCUAGUCCUACUGCACGCACCCAUCAAUAUCGCAUAGUUAACGCCUACUUUAUAUAAUGCGCGCCCACCAUUCGGAUAUGCUUUGAUGGUCGAUCCUACUAUGAAUCUUGGCCAGAAGCCCGAGGAUCUGCGUGCUCGUGACCACUAUCAAGGGCAAUGUACUUGGAUAAACAAGUCCGCGGGCAAAUCAACAUUGUUCGUACCUGCCUAUACCCUCGCCUGCAUGACACCCUAAUUCCUCUCUUCACCAGGUAUUUGAUGAGAUGACGAUGCCUUAGCC